AUGCCCGCAGCCGGCACCUCCGCCUCCUCCGAGGUCCAACGCCCCAUUCGCCCCAAACAAAACAGUCACCGCCGGGAAGGGGCUUUCCCGGGCCGAGCCAGGCAGAGCGCGGGAGGGGAGGGCGGAGCCGCAGGCACUCAGGGGCCAGCCGCCCUGGCCCCGCGGAGCCCGGCCGCCGCGCCGCGCGUGUGGUUCGUGCCCGACGCCCUGGGCAUCGUGUGCGCCUCGGCCACGUGGGCGCUGACGCUGAGCGAGGGCGCGCUGCUGCUGAGCGCCUGGCUGCUCCCGGCGCAGCAGCCGGCCUACAGCGCGGUGCACGGCUCGCUCUUCCACCUGCUGGCCUCCCUGGCCCUGGCCUCCCACGCGCGGACCAUGUUCACCGACCCCGGCGCCCUGCCCGCGGGCGCCCCGCCCGCACCCGGCCUGGCGGGCUGCUGCCCGCUCUGCGGCGCCGUCCGGCCGCCGGGCGCGCACCACUGCGGAGUGUGCCAGCGCUGCAUCCGCAAGGCGCACCACCACUGCCCGUGGGUCAACAACUGCGUGGGCGAGGACAACCGCAAGUUCUUCGUGCUCUUCACGCUCUACACGGCGCUGGGCGCGCUGCACGUGGUGCUCCUGCUCUCCGUGCCGGCCCUGCGCGCCUACGCGCGCGGCGAGUGGGACCUGCGGGCGCCCGUGCGCCUGCGGGCCUCGCUCCUCUUCCUCUUCAUGGUGGCGCUGAACGGCUUCCUCUUCGCCGGCCUGAUGUUCACGAUCCAAAUGCACAGCAUCCUCACCGACCCGCAGAGUCAGCCGGGCGAGCCGGGCCAGGCGUCCGCGUGGACGAACCUGAAGGCAGUCCUGGGCCCGCGCCCCUCCCCGGCCUGGAUCAGCCCCUUCGCCUCCGCGGGACCUAGGGCCGCCAGCGGGCCCCAGGCUGUGGUCUGA